GGGACGGCUUCAGCCUCAACAUGGCGGCGGCGGCGCUGCGAGGGGGGUUGGGAAGUUUCCGCGGCGCCUGUUGAGGGACCUCAGUGAUUCUGGACCAUUGUUGUUGAAAUGAUAUUACAGAAACUCACUAUUGUAUUGUGUUUGUUGGAUGAAACCGAGAUAUCUACUUUCAGUCAAGUGGGUAGAAACCCCUAACUGCAGUUUACAUGUGUAGGUCACUGCGUUACUGUGUUAGUCACUGUCUCUAUGCAGCAAUGACAAGGUUAGAAGAAGCGAACAGAGAAGUGAACAUGCAUUCAUCUGUCAGAUAUCUUGGCUAUCUUGCCAGAAUCAACUUAUUAGUUGCCAUCUGCAUGGGCCUUUAUGUCAGAUGGGAGAAAACUGCAGAUGCACUGAUUUUGGUAAUAUUUAUCCUGGGGCUUUUUGUUCUUGGAAUUGCCAGCAUACUCUACUACUAUUUUUCAAUGGAAGCAGCAAGUUUGAGUCUCUCCAAUCUUUGGUUUGGUUUUUUGCUUGGCCUUCUCUGUUUUCUUAAUAAUUCUGCCUUCAAAAAUGAUGUGAAAGAAGAAGCUACUAAGUAUUUACUCCUUUCCGCCAUUGUUUUAAGGAUAUUAUGUGCUUUGGUUGAGAGGAUUUGUGGCUGUAUCCAUCAUCGACCGACUCUGCUGACAACAGUUGAAUUUUUGGAACUGGUUGGAUUUGCAAUUGCCAGCACAACUAUGCUGGUGGAAAAAUCUAUGAGUAUUAUUUUGCUGGUCAUGGCUUUGGCCGUGUUGAUUAUUGACUUGCGUAUGAAGUCUUUUUUGGCAAUUCCAAAUUUGGCAAUUUUUGGAGCCAUUGCAUCCUUGUUGUUUUUUCCUUCACUAAAAAUUCCCACAAACCCAUUUGCCUUGGCGUGUUUCUUCAGUUGCCUAAUUUCAGAUCCUCUUCUCGAUGUUUACUUCAGUGGACUUUCAGUUACUGAACGGUGGAAGCCCUACUUGUACCGUGGUAAAAUUUGCAGAAGGCUUUCUGUCAUCUCAGUUGGAGUCAUUGAACUUAUCUUUUUCAUUCUUGCAGCCUUUAAACUAGGUGACUUGGAUCUCUGGUAUUUUGUGAUACCUGGUUUUUCUAUUUUUGGAAUUUUUUGGAUUAUCUGUCAUAUUAUUUUUUUUAUAACUCUCUGGGGAUUUCACACAAAAUUAAACGACUGUCACAAAGUAUAUUAUACUCACAGAGCAGAAAACAAUAGCCUCGAUAGAGUUAUGGCAUCUAAAGGAAUGCGUCACUUCUGCUUGAUUUCAGAGCAACUGGUAUUUUUCAGCCUUGUUGCAACUGCUGUUUUGGGGGCAGUAUGUUGGCAGCCAACCAACGGGAUCUUCAUGAGCGCGUUUCUCAUUGUUUUACCCCUGGAGUCCAUGGCUCACGGCCUUUUCCAUGAGCUGGGAAACUGCCUGGGAGGAACGUGUGUUGGGUAUGCGGUUGUGAUUCCCACCAACUUUUGCAGUCCUGAUGGGCAACCAACUCUUCUUCCACCUGAGCAUGUACAAGAGUUAAAUCUGAGGUCUACAGGCAUGCUUAAUGCCAUCCAAAGAUUUUUUGCUUAUCACAUGAUUGAGACAUAUGGUUGUGACUACUCUACAAGUGGCCUAUCCUUUGAUACUCUUCACUCCAAGAUCAAAUCUUUUCUUGAACUUCGGACUGCAGACGGACCUAGACAUGAUACCUAUAUUUUAUAUUACAGUGGUCACUCACAUGGCACUGGAGAAUGGGCACUAGCAGGAGGCGAUGCAUUACGACUUGACACGCUUCUGGAGUGGUGGCGAGAAAAGAAUGGCACUUUCUGUUCGCGACUCAUCAUCGUUUUAGACUGUGAGAACUCUCAGCCUUGGGUUAAAGAAGUAAGAAAAGUAAAUGACCAGUACGUCGCUGUGCAAGGAGCAGAAAUGGCUCGAGUUGUAGACAUCGAGGAAGCAGAUCCUCCACAGCUCGGUGACUUCACCAGGCAGUGGGUUGAAUACAACUGUAACCCCGACAAUAAUAUCAGCUGGUCUGAAAAAGGACGUACAGUGAAAGCAGUGUACGGUGUGUCAAAACACUGGAGUGACUACACUUUACAUUUGCCAACAGGAAGCGAUGUUGCCAAACACUGGAUGAUAUACUUCCCCCGUAUUACCUACCCAUUAGUACAUUUGGCAAACUGGUUUUGUGGUCUCAAUCUGUUCUGGGUCUGUAAAGCAUGCUUUAGGUGCUUGAAAAGAUUAAAAAUGAGUUGGUUUCUUCCCACGGUGCUGGACACAGGACAAGGUUUCAAACUUGUUAAAUCCUAAGUAGGAACCAAAGAGGAACAUAAGUGGGAAUUCUGGGAACUUUCUCAUUUACAGAACAACUUACAACUUUUUAUAUGACUAUUUUCUUUGAAUAAAUGUGUUAUAUCAGGAGCUAUGCUCACUUUGUUCAGCUAUUUGAGCAGCUACAAUAUGCAACAGUUAGAAACUGCGAUCUUAAACAGAAGAGGGUAGGACUAUAAUAGUCAAGUUUUAUUACUGAACUGUAUCUAAAUAUGUAAAAGACUUAUUUGAUAUGACCUGCAUUUUGGAGACAGUUUGCAUGUUCAUAUGUGUUACCUAGAAAGCAGCCUUUCAGAAUCACCAGUUUGAUGGACAGCAGCUCCUAUGAAUGUUAUGGCAUGCAUAUUUGUCAUUUAUAUCCAGUAUAAGGUUCAAAUACAGGAAAGGAAGCAAGCUAAUAUUCAAUUCAAUUUAUAUGUCCUUGAAAUUGUAUGGUGGGGUCAAGGGUAUUAUGAAAUAGCUUUGAGCCAAAAUUGUAAUAGAAAAAUGAAGAGCCAUUGUAGGUAAGUACCUACCAAGAAUGUUUAGUUUUAUUUGCUUUUGCAUCUUCAGUCUGUCUCUAAAUUAAUUCAUUCUUCUGCCUGAAUGCUAUACUGCCAUCAGUGGGAACUGGCUGGUAAAAGGAGCUUUUCUCACAACCCUGUAAUGUUCUGUUGCUGCCUGCCAGAUGAGGGUUUUUCAAAUGCAAUUUUUAAAACGUGUUACUUUGCAAGAUACCUUGCAGUGAUCUUUUCUUUGUAAAUAUUCCCAGUAGUUAAUUUAUAUUUGAAAUUAAGAGUGUUGAGAGCUUUUUUUUCCUCAGUUGUCAGGGUAGUGCUUUUUCAGACUUUUGUUAGUUUGUAUUUUGAAAAGCUACCCUGAAGAAGGAACUUAACAAAGAAAAUGAUCCAUAAAUAAAAAACAGGAGGAAUUACACGGGUUGCCUUGCUUCUACAUUCACCUGAAGUCUUUACCCAAGAGCUUGAUCUUGUACAAUGUUGAGUUCAUUAUCUAUUUAAACUAAGCAAAACAGUCUAAAUGAAAGAACAGAUUAUUCCUUUAGGACAGAGUUGAAUCCUGAGUAUUCCUAAGCUUAAUUCUUUCAGUUACAGAAUGUUGGAAGAGACUCUGGAAAUCCUAUCCCACAUUUUCUUUUUAUCAGAGAAGCUGCAUAGCUUUCUAGUCUGUUUGCUGAAGUACCAAAAAUCAGGAGUUAAACUGCUAACUGCUAAGUCAGUACACUUUGUGGCAUUUUUUGCAUACAUGUGUGCAAUCUAGAAGAUCUAGAGUUUGCUUUUUUUCCUGUUUUCAUCAGUAUUUUAAUUAAAAU